UUUUCUAGAAGUUAGGACUUGAAAAGAAAAGUUAUACGCAAAAGAAGAGCUUUCUGGCAUCCAGAGAGAGAGAGAAGAAGAAGACGAAGCAAGUUCCAACUUUUGUUCGGGAAAACAGAGAAUGGAUGGGAACUUUCCUCAAGGAGGCGUCGUUCGUGGCGGACCUUCUUCCUACGGAGGAUUCGAUCUGCAAACCUCCAUGAACCAGCAUCGACACAGUCUCCACGAAGGUCUUCCCUUUGCUAUGGUCACAGCUCAAACCUGCGGUCAUCACCACAACGUGGCCAUGACUGAGCAACAUAAAGGGGAUAAGAACUCAGUGAGUGACGAUGAUGAGCCGAGCUUCAACGAGGAAGGCGGUGAAAAGUCAACUAAAGGGUCUCCAUGGCAGAGAGUGAAGUGGACUGAUAAGAUGGUGAAGCUGUUGAUAACCGCUGUGUCUUAUAUAGGCGAUGAUUCGAGUAUGGACGGUGGUAGCAGAAGAAAGUUUGCAGCUUUGCAGAAAAAGGGAAAGUGGAAGUCUGUUUCCAAGGUCAUGUCCGAGAGAGGCUAUCAUGUUUCGCCUCAGCAGUGUGAGGAUAAGUUCAAUGAUUUGAAUAAACGUUACAAGAAGCUUAACGAUAUGCUUGGGAGAGGGACUUCUUGUCAGGUAGUGGAGAAUCCUGCGCUUUUGGAUUCGAUUGGGUACUUGAAUGAUAAGGAGAAGGAUGAUGUUAGAAAGAUCAUGAGUUCUAAGCAUUUGUUCUAUGAGGAGAUGUGUUCGUACCACAAUGGGAACAGGUUGCAUUUGCCUCAUGACUUGGCUUUGCAGCGUUCGCUUAAGCUUGCGCUUAGGAACAGAGAUGAUCAUGAGAGUCAUCAUCAAGUUGAGGAUGUUGAGGAUGAUGAUGGGGAAGGUGAGGAGCAUGAUGAGUAUGAUGAUUUUACACAUGGGGGUUGUGGUGGUGGUGCUUUGAAGAAGGCUAGACAGAGUCAUAGCCAUGAAGAUGUUGACCAUCCGGGUCACCAAGUGAGUUCUCUGGAGUGUAAUAAGCUCUCUUUGUCGCAAAUGCCGUUUCCUCAAGGUGGGGAAGAGAGUGAGAGAUCAGCUUUGAUGCAGAAGCAGUGGAUUGAGUCUAGGACUCUUCAGUUGGAAGAGCAGAAGCUUCAGAUCCAAGUUGAAUUGCUGGAACUGGAGAAACAGAGAUUCAGGUGGGAGAGGUUUAGUAAGAAAAGGGAUCAAGAGCUGGAGAGAAUGAAGAUGGAGAAUGAGAGGAUGAAGCUUGAGAAUGAUAGGAUGGGACUGGAGUUGAAACAAAGGGAACUGGGUGUUGAGUUGUAGCUGGAUUGUGUUCACUUGUCUUGAUUGGUAUAUAAAUGAAGAGUCAUUUAUGAUGCUGUAAGCUUUGAUUUGAAAUGAUCUCGAGACUUUGAUGUGAGAGAUCAUUGUGGUUGCAUCUGUGAUGGAGGUUUGAGGAAAGGAGUGUAACAAUUGUCUGUCCAAGGCUUUGCCUUAACCCCUCAAUAUUCGGAAUGUAACAAUUUUCUGUCCCAUAUUCUAUUUCAAAACCAUGGAUUUUUUUUUUUCUUUUUUUUUUUCCAGUUUUGAAACAAACUCAACUUUUGGGUCUGCAACUUCUUUGUAAAUGUCUUUGGCUCGCUGCUU